AAAAACAAUAAGAUGAAGAAACAAGCCGUACAAUUAAUUUUGCUAGCAAUAAUAUUAGUCAUCAACACCCUGCUGACGAUACAACCUAUUCAAUCACUUUCGAUAGCCAUCAAUAAGAUUAAAGCCACUACCACUACCACUCCACAAAAUGUACAGACAAAUAGUAAUGUAAAUAAUGCACCUUGGACACAAGUCAAUUUAAAUAGUUCUCAAUCGAGAUUUUCCACCUUUGACUAUCGUCAUGAUAGUUUUUCAUUAAUUUUGAGAGAAUGGUCAUUAUCGGCCAUAGAAACCUCCUCCCUUGUGUUAGACAGUGUGGGGAAGCAAUUGCUGGUAUUGCUUCAUCCAUUUAUGAAAGGAUCUGAUCAGUUUGAACCAUCUGCUCAUCCAACAAUGACCUUGAUGGGAGCUGUCAAUUUGGAAGAUGGUUCCUACUCAACCAUUUCACAAUUCAUGCUUCCAGCUGAAUUGCAGGAAAAUGAUUAUGAUACAGUAAUGCCAACUCCAGUUGUCGAUAGUAAGGGAAAUUAUUUCCUUGUCAGAAAGAAUAUCACUAAGGGAAGUAAUGUUCUCAUCAAGAUUUCACCAAGUUGGAAAUGGACCACAAUGUAUGAAUCAGAUGGUGUGAUGGAUAUCAUGCACGGUUUAUUAAUCUUUGAAAGAUAUGGCGAAUCUUCAAUCGUUCUCUCAACCAGUAGAAAUAUUAUUUCCAUCGAUACCAUUACCAAGACAAUUAAUUUCAUGAUUCCAAGUGAACAAGGAUAUUUUGGUCAACUCAUUAGAGACUCCAACAGCCCAUACGCUUUUGCUUCAAUUUAUGGUGGUUUGAUUAAAUUCGAACUCGAAACUGGUAUAGUUGUUACUCAAUCACGUUCUGGAGCCUCUCUCGUUCCAUACCAUCUCAGUUCUCUCAAAACAAGAAUGCUUGCUCUCUCACAGUUUAGAACUCUUGAUGGAUUCAUGGUGUUUGCAACAACUUUUGACAAGAAUAAUUUGACUAGUUCCUCCCUUUCAAUUGGUUUGACAGAUAAGGCAUCAGUUUGUUCCAAUGCAAUUGCCACUGUUGGUGAUGAGUUUGUAAUUUUGUGUCGUACAAAAAGUAGCAAUUACCAACUCUUUGGCCUCAAGAGUAAGGCUGAAGAUAUUGAAAGAACUUGGACUUUGAAUAUCAAUUCUGAAGGAGCUGUCUCACAACAAUGUUCGCUUCAAAUCAGUGUUGUUGAUACCAACUCUAGAUUUGUUUCUGUGGUUUGUGACCAAUCCAUUCUCCUUGUUGAAACAUCAAAGGGUAAAAUAUUCCAACAAGUCAACAUUGAGGAUCAAGGAAGUAUUGAUGAAGACACUCAAAUCGUAGCAGCCCAAAAUAACAAGCUCUACAUUUUGAGAGAAAAAGUUCCAAGAAUUGACGCAAUAAAAAUUGGUCUGUAGUUGAUUG